AACCUGGACCAAGCAAUGAGGUUACACUCUCUACCGAGCAAUGGACUUGGGAAUGUUGCUGACAGUAACUCCUUGUCAAGUGUGCAGCUAAUCUCUGUGACCCCUUCUGACACCUCACCAUCUGCACAGAUGGAUAUGUUUUUCUCUGGGGGUUCACCAGACUGCGACUGGUCCAAUGAGGAUCCCCUUCAGCAAGAGAGGCGGCACAGUUCCUGUACUGGGCAUCUACAGGGAGCAGAAGUACACCUACGACAAUCCUCACAACUGAAUGUUGGCACGGGGGUACUGGACUCCUUCCGUCGACACAGCUGGGAGCCUGGAAAAGAAGCACAAUUCAACUCAGCAUUUGACCAGCGCAGUGUGAGUUUAGAAAGGCUUGGUCCUGAAGAGAUGAAGAUGAUAAAGGCAGGUCGUGACCCUCGCAGGACACCAAUAAUCGACAGCAGUGAGAUGUUAGAGUCACUGCUGUCACUGUCUGAAGAGGAAGUGGGAUCAGAGAGUGCAGACUUUCUGGUUAUGGAGGAUCGUGUGAGGCAUCCACCAUCCUACAGCAGCUUGCCUGCAGCAGUCCAUGUCUCUCUGACCAAGUCAGUCUCCAUGUCAGGAAUUGAGCAGACGUACUUGGAUGCGGAAGACGAAUUCCUAUAUUCAGAAGAAGGUGGCUCUUCUUUGAGUAUCAAUGCAGAGAGUGCUGGCAGUCAACUGGAUCUCACAUUGGAAGAUCAGAAAGGAACUUUAAAGCCAGGUGGCUCUCUUGAACGAACCCUGAGUUUUCUCAAGAAGAUGGCUGGCAAAACAAAGAAUAAAGAAAAGGAACGUGUGAAGGAGAAGGAAAAGGAGUCAAGAGAGAGGGAGGCUCGCUACACCAAUGGACACCUGUUUAAUUGUAUCACCGUGUCGGGGACCACCCUGUGCUAUGCCUGCAACAAGAGCAUCACAGCCAAGGAGGCGCUGAGUUGCCCAAAUUGCAGUGUUACAAUUCAUAACCGUUGCAGAGAUGCCCUUCCUAAUUGCACCAAGGUAAAACAGAAGCAACAGAAACUGGCUCUGGUGAGGAACAGCCCUGCUCUGCAAACGGUGGCUCUCCGAAAUAAAUCUCCAAUGAUCCGUGAGCGUCCAAACUCCGCAAUUUACCCCUCGGAUAGUCUCCGGCAGUCCUUCUUGGGGUCACGCAGGGGUCGUUCAGGAUUGUCACUAUCCAAAAGUGUUUCCACCAAUAAUAUAGCAGGGAAUCUCAAUGAAGAUUCACCAUUGGGACUGCGUCGUAUUCUUUCUCAAUCUACGGAUUCUCUCAACUUUCGAAACCGUGCACUUUCUGUGGAAUCACUUAAUGAUGAAGGAGAGCUUUUUUAUACCCAGGUUAUUAGUGAUUUAGAAGCUGAAGGAAAAGAUUUUGAAGCAGAUUCCUGGAGUCUGGUGGUGGAUACCAACUUUCUGCAGCAGCAACGUAAAGAUGUGAUGAAGAGGCAGGAUGUUAUUUAUGAACUGAUUCAGACUGAACUACAUCAUGUACGCACCCUGAAGAUCAUGUCUGGGAUUUUCCGGAGGGGCAUGAUAGAAGACCUGCAUUUAGAUUCCUCUAUUGUACAUGGCAUCUUCCCUUGUUUGGAUGAACUUGAAGAUAUACACACUAACUUCCUGUCACAACUGCUCCACCGCCGGAAGGAAUCCCUGGCUUCAGGAAGUGAUCACAACUUUGUAAUCAUGCAGUUGGGCGACAUACUUAUCCAACAGUUCUCUGGUGAGAAUGCUGACCAGAUGAGGAAGGCUUAUGUGGAGUUCUGCAGUCGUCACCUCAAGUCACUGAAACUAUACAAAGAACUGCUCACAAAGGACAAGAAGUUCCAGCAGUUUGUACGGAGAGUAAGUCGAGGUGCUUUGCUUCGUCGGCAUGGAAUUCAAGAGUGCAUUCUUCUUGUGACUCAGCGAAUCACCAAGUACCCUGUCCUCAUUGACCGCAUUCUUCAAAACACGAAAGGUAAUGAAGAGGAUGGCCUUAAUCUCCAACAAGCACUGGUUUUGAUCCGGGAGCUGCUAAGCUCCAUUGACCAAGAAGUACAUGACCUCGAGAAAACCCAGCGUCUACAAGAAAUCCACUCUCGGCUUGACCAAUGGGCAGAAACGAACGUACAAGGCAACCAGACUGAGAUUACUGCAAACAAUAACAGAUCUUUCCGUAGUGGUGAGCUACUGCGACGGAAACUGUUGCACGAGGGGCCUCUCCUGUUAAAGACUGGCUCCAGAUUUAAGGAUGUUCAUGUUCUUUUAAUGACUGAUAUCUUAGUGUUUCUCCAAGAGAAGGACCUGAAGUAUAACUUUGCAAGUCUGGACAAACCUCCAGUGAUCUCACUCAUGAACCUUAUAUUAAGGGAUAUAGCCAAUCAAGAAAAAGGAUUGUUUCUGAUCAGCAACUCCAGUCCUCCAGUAAUGUAUGAAAUUUACACAAACUCUCGAGAUGAUCGCAGCACUUGGAUGAAAAACAUACACCAAGCUGUUACAAAUUGUCCACGUAGAGAGGAGUUCCCACUCAUUGAGACCGAGGAUGAGGCUCAUCUGCGAAAUUUACGUGAUGCAAUCCACCAAAAAAAUAAAGAUAUAAUGGAGCUGUUAGAAGAGAGGGUGAACUUAUUUUCUGAAGUGGCUAUGAUCCAAGCUAAAAAUGGUGUGAAUGUUUCACUCAACUCACGAAAUCUUUUUCGAGCUGAGACUCCAGAGGCGGUGAAGGGUGAAAAGAUCCUAAUGGACGCUAUUAAUGAAGUGGAUAGGCUUUGUGAUUUCCUAGUCGGACCCGGAGUGGAUGCAUCUGCCAGCAUUCUAAACGAGGACCAGAAUCGGAGAGAGGCUCCAGAAGGAGAGGCCAGUCCUUCCUCCAAUGGAGAAGAAAUGGAAGUUAAUGGAACUCAUGAAUUGUGCAAGACACUUUCAUCUACUGGACAGAAGGAUCGGAAUGGUAAUGUGCGAGCCAGAACAUCCAGUGAGGAGGUCCUGCGGAGCCUUUUGAACCUGGAUCGACAGCUGCAUGCCUUGCAGGGUGCUGUUCUGCAACAAGACUCGGUAGUGGAAUUGUGCCAAAGAGAACUGCCAACCGUGGGCCUUAAUGUUGGGAGCGAGAGGGGACGAGACAAGCUGACUCGCUCCCUUUCUGGUGGUCUGGAAUCUGGAAUGGGAUCAGAGCUGGUACUUCUGCAACGACAACACGCGCUUCUUCAAGAUGAACUGACCAGAACUAGAGGCAGUGAAGCUCGCCUUCGGGAAAGUGAGAAGGCCCGGGCAGAACUCGAGAAACAGCUGCGGGAGACUCGGGAGCAGUGUACCAGCCUACAAGCCCAGCUGGACAGGAUCCGUCUGCAACAAGGCAGCACCAAAAAGACAGGCCUUGUCCGCAAGUUCAGUCUGCCAACUGCAGUGGAUCUGGCUAGCACAACAAGACAGGACAUUGGACUACGCAGAGGAAGUGAAGAUGACCCCAGCACUGCAGGUACAAUGCCUGCUGGUGACGGCUCUGAAGAAACUGACCAUUCAGAGAUGCUACCUGGAGAAAGUGACCCAGAAUUGAAUUCUGAAGAAGAAGAUGCAGAUGAAUUGUCGGCCCGUUCAUCCAGCCCAAGAGAGUUCCAAAGGAUGCAGGACAUUCCAGAGGAAAGUGAGGCCGGAACAGAGCAGCGAGAUCCAGAGCCAAAAAAUGAGGAUCAGAGCUAACAGGCAGGAGAACGCAGAACCAAAGCACCUCCAAACUACUAAUGCAAUUAUCCUCCUAAAUGUGGAGGGGACACAACAUGCCCUCUUGGUGGGGAGGGGGUUUAAACAAAAAACAUCUGGAUGCCUUUAAGGUUUCACAUAACCCAAGUGUUCAAGCUAAAGUAAUCCCCACUGGUUAUUUAACUGAGUUAAAACUACAUUUUGUUUUAAGUUUUUUAUAUAUAUAUAUAUAUAUAGAACUGUGUAUGUAUGUAUGUAUGUAUAUGUAUACAAUACCUGUCAUGAAUUGCAACUUAAAACAACCAUAAAAAAAGAGAAAAACAA